CAGAACAACGCAUACUUUUUUUUUGAAAUUGUGUUUAUCUCUGUUAAAAUGUUAAAUAUUAAUGAUUUUUUUCGUUGUGUUUUGAUUUAAGCUGUUUUUCGUUUCUUUGAAUAAUUUUUAUCUGCAUACAAUUUAGUUUUUUUGUGAUUCUAGUCAGUUUGGAAAAGGGACCAUUGUGCAGUAGUUGUUGUCUAAGCAAAAUAUUUUUUUCUCCAUUAUUAUUUAUUACUAUUAUAACAUUAUUUUGUUAUAGACCAUAUUAGAAGUAUGAUUCUUUUAAACACCGAUACUAUAAUAUGCAAUUUUAUAUUAUUCUUCGUCAUGGUGUACUGCGAGUCAGAUUAUUAUACCAUACUAAAUGUGCAUCGCUCAGCAAAACAUAAUCAGAUUAAAUCAGCAUUUCGAAAAAUGGCUAAGCAGCUUCACCCAGAUAAAAAUAGAGAUGAUCCAGAAGCUGGUGAAAAAUUUUCUAAACUAAGGAACGCUUAUGAAGUUCUCUCCGAUGAAAAAAUGCGUAAAGAUUAUGACAGAUGCGGAGAAAAGUGUGUUAAAAAAGAUUCUAUGUCUGGUGGUCAUGAUCCAUUUGCAAGUUUCUUUGGCGAUUUUGGCUUCCACUUUGAUGAAUCACCUGGACAAAAAGAAAUACCUAAAGGUGGUACCAUCGUUUUAGAUUUAGCUGUUACAUUAGAAGAAUUAUACAAUGGAAACUUUGUAAAGAUUACACGUAAUAAACCUGUAAUAAAACCAUCCCAUGGAACAAGGCAAUGUAAUUGUAGACAAGAAAUGAUCACCAAACAAUUAGGCCCCGGACGUUUUCAAAUGAUGCAGCAAAAUGUAUGUGACGAAUGCCCAAAUGUUAAAAUGGUUACUGAAGAAAACAUGUUAGAAAUCGAAAUCGAACCUGGCAUGAUGGAUGGUCAAGAAACUAAGUUUGUUGCAGAAGGUGAACCACACAUUGAUGGAGAACCAGGAGACCUAGUUUUCAAAAUUAAAACAUUACCACACACUGUGUUUGAAAGGCGGGGUGAUGAUUUAUACACAAACUUAACUAUUUCACUGCAGGAUGCACUGGUUGGUUUUAAAACUGAAAUCAAACAUUUAGAUGGCCGCAAAAUUGUAAUUGAAAAAGAUAAAGUAACAUGGCCUGGUGCUAAAAUUCGUAAGAAAGGCGAAGGAAUGUCUAACUAUGAUAACAACAAUUUGCAUGGUGAUCUCAUUAUUACCAUUGACAUACAAUUCCCCAGUGAUGACUUCAGUGACGAAGACAAACAAGACCUCGUGAAAAUUUUGAGUCAAAGUUCAGUCAAUAAAGUUUAUAACGGACUAAAUGGAUAUUAAUUUAACGGAAUGUGUCAGAUUUGCCAGUGCCACAAACUUUUCCUUUUUAUAAAUCUGUGAUGUAUUUAAUCGGUUUAAGGUUGGAUAUUUAUAUUAUGUAUAUAAAAACUGAUUAAAAAUGUCAUGAUACUUUUUUUUCUUCAUAUUUUUCAAAUUGCAAUGUAAUGUAAGACAUUUAUUUAAGUAUGUAUACUACAAAAAAAAAAUCCUAUUUCGUUGUACCUAAUAAGAAAAGGAAUACGAAUUAUGUAAUUCAUGUUAAGUACAGUGGUGAAUAUAAAAUACAAAAUUUAUUAUAAUAUUAGUUUAUAAUUAUUUACUUUGUUAAUAUUGUGUACUUAUAUCAUUAGUGAUGAGCAA